AUGGCACCCAAGAAAGUGGCUGCUGCACCUGCUGAAGAGAAAGUAUCUGCUGAAGAGAAAGUGGCUGAUGCCCCUGCUGCAGUGAAAACCAAAGUAAAACCCAAAGUGACAAAGCUAACCACCACUGGCAACCCCUCAACACUUUCCAUGGUGGUGGAGGUUCUAAAGAAGAACUCUGAGCGGAAGGGGACGUCGGUACAAGCCAUCCGCAGUCGUAUCCUGGCCACACACCCCACCGUAGACCCCGUGAGGCUCAAGUCCCUGCUGAGAUCUGCUCUGAACAAAGGGAUUGAGAAGGGUAUCCUCAUCAGGCCGCUGAACUCCAUCGCAACAGGGGCCACUGGCCGAUUCAAGCUAGCAAAACCUGGACCAAAGUCAAAAGCUGGAGAGGGUGACAAAAUGUCUGAGAAUGUGGAUCCCAAUGAGCAACCAAAAGAGAAAACCAAGGAAAAGGCCAAGAAGGUGGUUAAGAAGGUCCCCAAGAAACUGAAGGUGGAGAAAGAGGAGACUAAAGGGGGUAAUGUGGUGGUGGGCUUCCAUAGGUCAUGGGGCAUUGAUCUGGAUAUUAAGGCCACCAUUAGUCUGACUACAAAUCUGACUUUCUUUCAAGGAGAUGAGGUGAAGGCGACUAAGAAGGAAAAGAUGCCUGAGGCCAAGGCAAAGGCCGCUGCCAGUAAACCGAAGAAAGAUGCUGCAGAGAAGACUGACAAGGCCCCAGCGCCCCCCAAGAAGCCAAAGUCCAAAACGCCAGCUGCAGAGGAAGGCACGAAACCCAAAAAGGAACCGGCCAAGAAGAAGGCAGAGCCCUCCAAGGCAAAGGACUCAGAGGAGAAACCGGCAGCUAAAGAUGGCAAGAAGGGGAAGAAGUGA